AUGAUGGAAGGCUUGCCGGUGGACAUGGUUGAAGACGACGUUGGACCCUCCUCCCUCUCUCCAUAUCCCUCGUCUCUGACUACUCCCGGCUGGCCCCCAGUCGAGAGUAGCAUGAGAUUGCCCGCCAACGACCUCUUUUCUUGGAUGGCAGUCACCAGUGAACUCACCCAAUACUAUCAUGUUCGGGAGCUCGAGGACGUUCGAGUCAUCCGCGAUAGACAGACCAAAAUAUCACGGCAGCUGGCUUUCAUCCGGUUUCCGACGAUCGAGGAGUCGCGCGAGUUUCUGGAACAGAACUUCCCCGCCGUCUAUCUCUAUGGCAAGAGUGCCGCUGCUGACGGGCAAGGGGCAAAGGUUAGGAUUGCCUACAGCCGUGAGAGAGAGGACCGCAACCGGACUCGUGUCGACGGAGAAUGGACCUGCAUCAAUUGCUCGAUUGUCAACUAUGCAGGCCGCCAGCGAUGCUUCCGCUGCCAGGCAUCAAAACCAGAUGCUGCCCUGAUGCCCCAGAUGGAAGAGGCCGCCAAGGUAGCCAACAACGGCGACAACGACGUCUCAACCGACGGCACAGCGUCCCAGUUUAUCCUCUUCAGAGGCCUCGAGUCCAGCGUUACCGAGGAAGUGCUGGCCAAGGGAGUUGCGAAGCUUUGCAAACAAUCCAAGUCCGCCUCCGCACACCCCCCGGGAUCGUCUGGGGGUGGAGCAAAGAAAGGAGCAAAAGUCGCGUCUACAACCGGCGACAGCAACCUAGGUGCUCGCGAGGGGUCCAUUCGUCGUAUCCUACUGGUACGCGAUCGCCGAACGAACGAGAGCUGGAAAUACGGAUUUGCAGAGUUUGCGACAGUGGAGGAUGCCCAAUGCGCGCUCGCUCGCUAUAGUUCGUUUGAGACUUUUACCAUCUCCUCCAAGCCCGUACUGGCAACCUACAUCCACGCUGGCGUGUUUGUACCGGUUCUCAACCUCAAACCGGCCGUUAGUACGAGUACGAGCGAAGAUGAGCGAUUCACCUUUAGCCCCCUUGGCAACUUGGCAGCGAAGCUGGCAUACUGGGAUGAGGACGCUUAUGCCAGCGAACUCAAACUCUCCACGGCCGCCACCACGAGCGAGCUAAGUGCAGGGAAGACGGCCAGGAAAGACGGGGAGAAGGAGAAGAAGAGGAAGAAGGCGGAUGCGGGGACAGGGGGGACGGAGUUCAAGACCGAGGCCCACGUUCGCCAGCACGAACGCCUGAGCCAGCUGCACCGAGAUAAUCUGCAAGAUGAGACACUGAAAGCUAAAGCGGUAGCCAAGCUGGCGAAGAAGCGAACGCCAACGGACCAGACAGAGUAUCGAGACCGCGCCAAGGAGCGUAGGCGGGUGUUUGGCUCGUCCAAGUCCAAGAAGGUAGUAGACGCUGAAGCUGGACGGCAAGGCGAGGAUGAGGGUAGGGAGGCCGCCCCUGCAGUGCUGUCCAAGGGUGCGGCGCUGCUGGGGAAGAUGGGCUGGUCGGCUGGCUCUGGUCUCGGGGCGGAAGGGACCGGCAUGAAACAGCCGGUGGCAGCAGAGCUUUACGUACAGGGCGUCGGCCUGGGAGCACAGGGUUCGAAGGUGGGAGAUGCAGUGCAGGAAGCUGGCCGAAGCACGCGUGGAAGAUAUGAUGAGUUUCUGGAAAAGACGAGGGAGCAUGCCAGGGAGAGGUACGAGAGGAUGAAGGGCGAUCAGGACUAG